AGAGAGAGCGAAUCUCAUUUGCAUUACAAAUUUGACCUCCCCUGGGAAGAGGUCGCGGAGAGGCGCGUGGUGGCUCCUACGACGGAAAAGGCUCGUCCCGCACAUCUCUGCGUCCCGUUCACUCUCACGCGGGGAGAAGGAAGGAAGGGAGGCAGCAGGAGGAGCAGCAGGAGGAGGGCUCGCAGCAGAGAGAGUGAGAGGCAGGCGCGACUCACUCGCAGCACCAAAGUUAGCUCUGCAAGCACCACCACCACCACGAGGAGGGAUCGCCGGAGCAGCCAGAGCGAACUCAGUGGCAGGCACCACGGUCCACGCAUUCGUGAGACACCCCAAGAACAACCAUCCCAAGAAAUCAAAAUCAAACAAACGAACUACAAUGCCUCCCCUCUUGCCCACGCCUCUCUGCACCACCACCAUCAACAACAACAACAACUCCGGCAGCGACGAUCUCAUGUGGGCGGCCUCGCCUCCCUGGUGCAACUCCUCGGGCCUCACGGAGCGCUCCUCGGUAGCGUCCCACUUCUCAGCGGGCACGGUCGCCUUCCUCGCCUUCCUGCACAUCUUCGGCUUCGUCGCCUUCGUGGGCAACUGCCUGGUCAUCUACCUGUUCGCCACGGCCGAGAUCCGCCAGAAGAACAUCUACUACUACUUCGUCAUCAACCUGUCCGUGUCGGACAUGCUCGUGGGCCUGGCGUUCCCCUUCGCGCUCGCCUCCAUCUACGCGCCCGCCCUGCGCACCUACGCACACUGCGCCCUCUCGCUCUGCGUGCUCGGCGUGCUCGUCAUGGUCUCCCUCUCGCAGAUGUUCGUCAUCAGCCUGGACCAGUACGCCGCGGUGAGGUGCCCGCACGGCCACCGCCGCCUCGUCAACGCCUUCCGCGCCAAGGUGGCCAUCGCGCUCGUGUGGCUCUACUCGGCCGCCGUCGGAGUCCUCCCGUUCGCCGUGUGGGCGCGAGACGACACCGCGGGGGCGCCCACCACGUGCCACGUGGGCGCCGUCUUCCCCGAGGACGCGACGCGCUUGUACUUCGGGAGCACGUCCGUGGGAUACACGCCGCUCUUCCUGCUCACCGGCUACUUCUGCCUGGCGCUGCUCGUCUCCGUGUCGCGACGCACGGGGCAGAUGCACGGCUCGGCGGGCAGCCGCUGGAACCGCGCUCGGCAGCAGCGGCAGCAGCAGCAGCAGAAUCAUCAACAGCAGCAGCAGCAGGAGAAGCAGCAGCAGCAGAAGCAGCAUUCGCUCACGUCGGCGCUCACGCCGGGGGCAGGGUCCAGGCCGGCCGGCCUCUGCCGGGGGGGCAGCGCGAAGAGGAAGGGCAGCGGCGUGUCCGUCGCGUCGGAGACGAGCAAGAGGGCGGCGCGUCCCGCCGAGCGAGAGCACUCGAGCUCCUCCACCUUCGAGAUGUCCUCGGCGGACACGGAGCGCACGGCUCAGAGCAGCGAGGACGCGGCGGCGGCGGCGAGCGGGGCCUUCGCCUCGGCGAGCGACGCGAAAGCCGACGAGGCGAAGGCCGACGCGCCGAAGCCGGGCGGCCUCGGCGCCAACGGCGGCGGUGCCGGCGGCGGCAGCGGCCGUAAGGGCACGUCGGGCCGCGGGCUCACGUACCGCAGGGCGGCCGUGACGCUGAGCAUCGUGGCCGCCUUCUUCCUCGUGUGCCUCACGCCGUCCCUGCUGCUCGCGCUGUACAACUCGGCGCGGGACGCGACCCGCUUCUCGUCGGGACGCAUGGUCGCCUCGGUGCUGGUGUGCGUGAACUCGGCGGUGAACCCGCUCAUCUACGCGCUGCGCAUGAACAAGCUCCGCGAGCGCCUCUACGCGUGCUGCCUGCGCCGCCGGCAGCGCUCGCGGCGAGGCCUCGACAGCGUCGAGGACGAGAGGAGCCCAUCCUCGUAGGCGCCCGUCGCGCGCACGAGCGAGAGCCUCGUCGCGCCUCGUCGAACUUCUUUCGCGCCGUACGUCAGGCGACUGUUGCUGAUCGGAGGUGUGCGCGCGCUGGGGUGGGUGGGGGGCAAGGACCACAAACUGAAGACAACAAAACGAGUUUAAAAAAUCUGGAUGAUGUCAAAAGUGACAUCGCUCCCCGGUGGCUUCCUAAUAUCGGGAAGGAAGAGCGUGGCGGACGGCCGCUGAGGCGCGUCUCAAAGCGCCACGCGAUGCGGUGGCCGCCGUCUUCGUUCGAUGUCGGAGCCAGAAGCCGCCGCCGCCGCUACUGCUGCGAGGAUGACCGUAGCUUGCGUGAUGAUGCUUUUUGCUCCUUACGAUAAUAACAGCAACAGCAACAGUGUGUUUUCAUCGGUGUCGUCCGGGCUAUGCCUUCUUGUGCGCAUUGUUGUUCGAUGGAUCACGCUCGCAUCCAUCGUUUGGGGGGUCUGAGACACACACACAACUUUGUCGGGGGGCCUCUCCACGACGCGAGCCACGGCCACGUGGCUGUGGGAAAGCCACGUGGCUGUGGGAAAUCCACACGGAGGAGGAGGAUACCAGCGGCGGUGUUCACUGCGCCAAUCGCGGACCGUCCCCCCGCAUUCAAUUGGAGGUCACGCCGUCAAGGAACGGCCCGCUCACCACCAUCACGAUCCGUGGGGCCAGGUCGCCCCGUAGGUGUCCACUGCACAUGUCGUCAAUUGUUGUUUCCACUCUCCUCUCUGUCUUGCAGUGCCAAAAUGCUCAAGUAGUGGCCACAUCCCUUUUUUUUGGCCCAAUCUCUUGAUGUGGUCGUCACCAAGCCAGUUCCUCUGAGGUCUCCCUCUCUUUCCGGGUCUUUCCAUUUGUCCAAACAACAACAACACGACACUUUUAAGCGCUCCGGUAGAUUUUUGUAGAUUUCUAGGACCCACUGUUUUUUUUCUUGGGUUUCUUCCCAAUUGCGCAAUCGGCUCCUUCCAUUGCAAGAUACGAAGACAAUGCCAUGGAGAGUUCUCGGAGACAGUGGAGACUCCCCACCCCCUCCGCGAUAGAAGAAAAAAAACGCCCUCUGGAGGAUUGCAACCACGGGACUUCUUUGUUUUCAUGAACCACACACACACACGCUGAGCGGUGGCGUGAUGGGGCACACGUAUGGGAUCAAACCACCCGCUUCGGCCCUCGCAGCUGGACUCGCAGCCUCAAUGAAGAGAACAGCAAGUCGGUCACCCCUCGGGUUUCACCUGCGCGCAGCCAUUAGAGACCCGCAGAGAAGGCCGGCCACACGCGAGACGAUGACAAAUUGUGGGGAAGGUGGGGGGGGGGUCCCAUCAGAGGCGGUGAUCGACACUCCGUGUUUACAUCGUAACGCGUUCGACUCGUUCCGCCCCAUCCUCGUUACCGGCACGGCAAGGUCGAUGCCCCUCGAACAGCUCCGCGAGCGAGCGAGGGACGCGUGCGCAUUGUGACGCAAUCGCAUGACGCGAGGAACGGAGCGAUGGUGGUGGAGAGAGGGAUGCCCCGGAUUGUUCCGUGACCUCACGUAGGAAGUCCCCGUGAGUGAGGGUAACCCCCCCCCCCCACUCCCCUCUCUCCACCCGUCUCCCCCCACCGCAAACAGCCCCGCCCCCGCGCCCUGGUCGAACAGAGGCACGAAUCGCGAGCGAUGAUUCUGUUUUGACAGCUCGCAACUCACUCGGCUCCUUCUCUGCGUUUAAAGGAUUUGGCGCAUCGGGAUGAUUGAGUCUCGCCUCUGCGUUCGCAAAAAAAAAAAACCCGCAAACGUAAAGAAAAUCGCAGGAGGAAGGGCGCGUGGAUAGUGCUCACAGUCGUUCAUCACGAUCGUGGUUAUUGUUACCGUGAGAUCAGUCUCGACACGAAGUGGAGGAUGGGGGGUCCCUGUAGAGGCGAGGGGAAAAGAAGCCCUGGAAGUCAGACGUACAGAGAAACACACACGGAGAAAGAGAGAGAGAGACACGGAGAGAGAGAGAGACACACACACACGGAUAAAGAGAGAGACACGGAGAGAAGGACAUGCAGAGAGAGAGAGACGCAGAACUAUAGAGACAGAAUGAGAGACACGAAGAGAGACAGAGAAACACCCAGAGAGAGAGACGCCGAUAGAGACACGGAGAGAGAGAGACACACACACAGGCGGUCAGAAUCCCGAGUCGCGGGGAGAUGGACACAGGCAUCCGAGUUUCUCACCAUUCGACUUGAACAGUGCUCCAAACUCUGCACCGAACAUUUUGCAUCCACUAGUCACAAUGAACACAAACUAAACAAAUCACCAUCCCUUUAGAUGAUGAUGAUGACACGUGGUGCCAGCGAGCACCGAUUAGUGCCACGAAAGACAAAGAUCCCCCGUAUAGCCUUAACGUACUAUUGUAGCAAGUGCUGAUAGCGGGCACCUAUGAAGGCCGGAUCGGCACACGAGGGGGUUCCAGGCCAACACCACGCCCGGCCGCCUUUGUCUCCCCAGUACUGAUGUUUACACACCGCACCAGGUACUCAUUUGAGGCUGAGUCAACCCAAGGGAGGGCUCACCACUGCAUUUGGUGGUGAAGGCGAAUUGAACUCGGGUGGCCGGGGUUGAAGCGCAGCGCGUACAACAACAACAGUCGCCAUUCGACAAUAAGUGGUGGUAAUGUCACCACGGCGCUUGUGCCAGGCUAGGUGCACGUUGAGGCCUAGUGCGUACACAAACAACACAGACACGCAGUGCCAUAAGUCCCACAAAAAAAACGCCUUAGCGAAGUUUUAUUUAAAAAAACAAUAUAUAUAUAAAACACUCUCUCCAAUAAAUGUGUGUUGUUUGUCAACCGCUGUUAAUUUCCCACGAUGUGUAUGGCCAACGGGAGGCGAGUGCGUGUCGGUUUUGAUGUCCGCGUGUUAGUCCACGUCUCAUUCGUGUCCGCGAGUGUGGAAAGUGGAAAACGACGAUGAGUUGGAAGCUCAAGGCACCCAACGCCCUUGGCACGCACAGAGCCAGGCCCGGUCGCCCUCUGGGCUCCGAGCCACCCAGCAGGGGACAGAUAAAGGCUCGUGGUUGACAUGGGCCCUGGAUUUCCUCCAUUCUAAAUACUGAUUCUGAUCUAUAAAAAGCUUUACAACUUUUUUUUGGUUUGACCAGGUAAGGCCCACUGAGCAAUGUAGCUGUUAUUCAGGAACGACCUGGCCCCAAAUGAUAACUCAACCAAGUGGCGAAUCACCCAGUGGGGAUUUCAAGCAGUAGCCAAAGACUCUAAACGCGUGAUGUUGAUUCUAAAUAUUGAUUUAAAAAAACAGGAGGACCCGGAGAAAGACACACGCGGCCACGGGAAAGACAAAGAGAACAUGCAAACUCCAAACAUACAAGCGUCAGGGUUGGGAUCGAACCCACGGUUGGAAUCGAACCCACGACCUCCUGUAUACCAGGCGAGGUAGUUAACAUCUCCUAGCCACCGUGACCUGAUGCGUGGGCCCCAGUGCAGUUUCACCGCUUACACGCUCAGUAAUCUACACCGCUCGCAAUUACCUGAGAGCUUUUAGACAAAUCUGAAGUUGUUGCCAGCUCCAGGCGGGUGCAUGGGGCAGUCCGUAUCUGCUGUGUUACAGCGCCGGGGAGGAAAAUCCACGUUCGUAUGGCGAUGACGAAUUAUUCCAAACGACACAGGCGUUGUUGAUUUCCCACAACGUGGUAUUUAUUCUUAUCGGACCUGGAGUGAUGAAUGGCAGGGCCGACCCCCUGUUUAGGAUUUAAACACGCUCCAACAACGACAAAGAUCCUCCAUAUAGCCUUAACCGACUGUUGGGGCAGGUGCUGUUAGCGAGUGCCAGCACGGCACACGAGGGGGUGAGUGGCCAACACCACGCCCGGCUGCCUUUAUCUCCCUAGUGGCGAUGUUUACACAUCACACCAGGUACUCGUUUUAGACUGAGUCGACCUAAGGGAGGCCCAGGACCGGUUCAAAUAACCGUCACCGAUGUUGGCCGUGAGCGGGAAUCGACCCCGGGUCGCCGGGUUCGCAGUGCAACGCGCUAACCGCUACACUACUACCGCUUGCCCAAACACUCACUCACCCGUGUUCAGCUCACCCCUUGGGUAUGCCCCGAGUUGAGGUCGUUUCUCGGUCACGGCUAACGUCGGUGGCGAGGGUUAUCGAACGGGCCCUGUGCAUAGCCUCACCUUGACCCAGACCUUGACCCAGACCUUGACCCAGACCUUGACCCAGACCCCGCACUCACCGGCCUGGUGAAGCACGGUCCUCGUGGUCGACACACGGGCACGGGGGCAGGCCUUCAUCCAGCAGUGGAUUGAUGAAGGCUCGUUAAUCUGGUUAUUUUUUAUAUAUACAAUGAAAGUGCCACGCUCCGUCAGUGUUAAACUGAUCGCGGACAUUGAUUAAGCGAUUAGCUUGUGGAUGGUUGAACAAAAAGCCCGCAGAUUGUCGAUUCACGCGAAACUGUGGGUGCGGAGUGUCACAUGGAGUCUACUCCCCAUUCUCCUUUAACAUUCACCCAGCAGAGCCUCACGGAGCCUCACUGUUCCCAGCAGAGCCCACGCUAAGGUUCGCAGUGAAGGAAGAUGGGGCAGUGGGGAGGCGAUAUUCCCAUGCAUUUUCCAAUUGAGUAAAUUUAGUCAUUUAUGGGUCUUAUUUUUAUUUUUACAACUUUGACAAAUUUGGAACGAGUAAACGCCGGCUCACGUGCAGGCCUGCUACAUUUCUUAUAAUGUCAUGGAAUAUAUUGACGUCCACUGUAGAACAGGAUAAACGGACGCGCGUAUAUAUAUAGUUACUGUUUUUGCACCCGCAGAAUUAAUGUACUAGGGCGGCCGCUGGGAACUGAACCGCGAAUCUCUGCAACUUCUUUCGCGCCGUACGUAGCCAGCCGUGCCAAUCGGAGGUGCGGGAGAAUGACAAGAAACUAAACACAAGACGCAGUUCUAAAUAAAUGAGUUUUCAACCUAGAUGAUUUAACAGUGCAUCAUAGCUCCGGUGGCUUCCUAACAUGGGAGGGAAGAGCGUUCCAGACGGCCGCAGAAUCGCAUCUGAAAGCGCCACGCGACGAUGCGGUGGCCACCGCCUUUGUUCGAUGGCCGAGCCAAAAGCCGCUCGCGUGAUGGUGGUUUAUGCUCCUUGACGAGAUCAGCGAGGUACCGAGGAAUAAUGCCGUAGGAAUAAAAGGAAGUUGUUUUGGAACGUUUUGCGGUUUUAACUUAUUGACACGUGGUGGACACGGUGAGGUUAGAAGGGAUUGUAACGAGUGGAGUAACGAUGUAAUGCCCUCCUAGCGCUUUGUAUAAUUGUAAACCUCCUCCGUGUUGUACAUAUCUAAUUGUCUGUAUGAACGUCAAUAAUAAUUAUUAAUAAUAUUGUAAAAGAAGAGUCGAGGCGUAGCGUCGUGCGCAUGGGGCAGCCUAGAGCGGCCUAGAGCGGUCUAGAGCGGCCUCGAGCAGCGUUCUUCGUUGCGAGGCCCAGGGCCACUAGUGGGCCCUAGUGGCCUUUAGUGCGGCCCCCGACAACACACACAAACUAAAGCGGCAGCACCAAGGCCGUAGCCAUGGAGUCAACAUUGGGGGGGGGGGGGGGGGACCAAAUCUUCCACGGGGUCUGCAGGUCCCCCCCUAGAAAAAAGAAAUCUAAAUUUGAAAACUAAUUUUCUGCCUAAAAUGUAAAAAAAUGCACUAACACAUGGGAUGGACUUUUUUAUGUUUUACAAUACUGUCUAAUAGUGUAUUGUAUUACAUUGCUCUGUUAUUUUUUACUUGUUCUUGUUUCAUUGUAUGUAAUGGCAGAUAUUAUGAAUUAAUAAAGUACAACCAUAACCACAAUCAUAUAAACAGAAAUCUAUUUUAUAGCAAUAUAUUGGGGGGGGGACAUUUUGAGCAUAUUUGAAUAUUGGGAGAGGGAUGGGUCCCCCCAAUAUAUAUUAUAAUUACGGCCUUGGACAGCACCCCCCAUCAUCAUUACCACCGUCGUCAUCAUCGUGCUGCUGUCAAACCCAACAAUGGUUUCGUGUUGCGCACUCACGACGUCUUAUCGGCGAAAGUGGCCCCCUCCUGUGAAGAGCGGUGAAGAACGCCGACUUGGAGAGCGACACACACACGCGCCGCGCUAUCGCGUAGCCGACGAAGUAGAUGCUGCGGUAGAUGCCGUCGUCGUUCACAACUCGCUUAGAAAACAAACACGAUUUGUAUUCUUGCUUCACUGAAUGAGCCCGAGCCACACAGUACCGUGUGUACGAGGACGUUAACGGAGCCGACGUGCGUGCGCGCGUGUGUGAGUGUGUUCCCGAUCGAGAGAGACCGCAUUCAAUAAACCCUCGUUGCAAAAAUGA